UAGUUUUCUAUCCAACCAAAAUCCCUUUGCCACCUUUUUCCCCCUUCUUAUAUUCUUAGAACCCUCCUCACUUCUGCAUCACUUACUUCUAUCUUUCAUUCUCUCACACACACACUUAACAGACACUGAUCUUUUCUGUUGUGGAGUUACAGGAAAAUGGGUGACAUUUCUUAUUCCAAUGGCAAUGGAAAUGGAGUGAAUGGGAAUGGGAAUGGGUAUGUAGUGAAUGGAAUUGGGAAUGGAGUAAAUGGAAAUGAAAAUGGAGUGAAUGGAAAAUUCCAUCCAGUACUGAAUGGCUACCGGAAGAGCUGCUGGUACGAGGAAGAAAUCGAAGAAAACUUAAGAUGGAGCUUUGCUCUUAAUAGUAUCCUGCAUACAGGAGCUACUCCAUUCCAAGACAUUGCUUUGUUGGAUACAAAGCCCUUUGGAAAGGCUUUGGUCAUUGAUGGAAAGCUUCAAAGUGCUGAGACUGAUGAAUUUAUCUACCAUGAAUGUCUUUGCCAUCCAGCACUUCUUCAUCAUCCUAAUCCAACCAACAUCUUCAUCAUGGGAGGAGGCGAAGGCUCCACUGCCAGAGAACUUCUGAGACACAAGACUGUGGAGAAGGUUGUCAUGUGUGACAUUGAUGAGGAGGUGGUGGAGUUCUGCAAAUCAUUUUUGGAUGUAAACAGAGAAGCUUUCUGUGAUGCAAGACUCAAGCUCAUCAUCAAUGAUGCCAGGGCUGAACUAGAACACACAGAAAACCACUAUGAUGUGAUCAUUGGAGAUCUUGCAGACCCAAUAGAAGGAGGACCAUGUUAUAAACUCUACACCAAAUCUUUCUAUGAGUUAAUUGUCAAACCUAGACUUACUAAGGAUGGCAUUUUUGUCACACAGGCUGGUCCUGCUGGAAUAUUCAGCCACACAGAAGUAUUCUCUUGCAUCUACAAUACUUUAAGGCAGGUCUUCAAAUAUGUUGUGCCUUAUUCAGCUCAUAUUCCUUCUUAUGCUGAUACUUGGGGAUGGAUCAUGGCUUCAGAUACCCCAUUUGUGCUUAGUGCUGAUGAACUAGACAUGAGAACUAAACUGAGGAUCAAUGGGGAGAACAGAUACCUAGAUGGGAAAACCUUUUCAUCAGCCUCUACCUUAAGCAAAGCCGUUCGUAAAUCGAUGGAAAAUGAGACUCAUGUAUAUACAGAAGGAACUGCAAGGUUCAUAUAUGGUCAUGGUCAUAAUAGUGCCCAAAAACAAAAUUAAGCCAGCACUCUGAAACCCAAUAGUGCAAGUGGAACAAAAUCUCGGGCCUGCCCUUUGUAGUUGUCUUUCUUUAUUUUUCCUUUGCUUUUUGCUUGUGUAGUAACCUAAAGAUUAUGAUAAAGAAAACUUUGCUUGUUGCUCUCUAA